AUGUCAGCAACAGCUGUUGCAACAACUACCAAACCAAAAACCCUAGCCACCAGUACCAAUAAACCUCCACAUCCAUUGACAUUUUUCCUGAAUAAAUUACCCACAGAUGGUGAGGAAAGUUCGGGGGGUAAUUUACAACCAGUAAAUCCUGCACCAAUGCUUAAACCCAAUCCCUUUGCCAAUCAUCAGGGUCAACAGAUACAAUUUGCCACAAAGACGGGUGGCCAUAUUGUUGCACCGAAUGGUAAUAUUUUCAAAGGUCCACCGCUGCGUCGUGAAGAGGGUGCAUUUUGUAAGCGGAGUUUUGAUGGUCGCAGUGGUUAUGCAUUUUGGCAUAUCAGUGUUUGCAUGUCAUCCGAGAAUAUCGUUUACAUGGCACAAAUUGAUGUGUGCACCUAUAGGCGUAAUAUACCGGUUAUUUGUUGUCCUCUGGCCGAUAAACAUAUUGAUGAUCAGAGGAUAAGUGCGCAAAAAUGUCAAGAAUACCAUGAUGAAGUAAGAGGUAUACGACUAGGCUUGCCAAGAGUACUAUCCGGUAAAAUGUGUGUAUCCAGUGUUCCGCUAAUUGUUGGAGGUCAAGUUACACGAAGUGAGGAUUAUCCUCAUAUGGCUGCCUUGGGUUGGACCCAAAGUGACAAGGAGUUGAAAUGGGGAUGUGGCGGUACCUUAAUAAAUGAGCGAUUUGUAUUGACAGCGGCCCAUUGUGCAACAUCUGGAGGAGACCACCGGAUAUGGUUCGCCUGGAGUCGUAACCUCAAUGAAACCUCCAAACAUCAAAUGGAUAUCAAAAUUUUGGUUAUUAUUCUCCAUCCGAAAUAUCGUUCCUCAUCCUAUUAUCAUGACAUAGCCCUGCUGAAGUUGACCCGAGAUGUUGAAUUUUCCGAAACCAUACAACCGGCUUGCUUGUGGCAACAACCUGAUAUGGAUAUGUCAUUGGGCAUUGCAACCGGUUGGGGUCGUACCGAAUUUAUGGGUCCCAAAUCAAAUGAUUUACAGAAAGUCGAUUUAAAUAUUAUCGAUCAGAAAAUCUGCAAAGAUAUUUAUCGUAAGGAGCGGCGUCUGCCUCGCGGUAUUAUUGAGGGUCAAUUUUGUGCCGGCCACUUGGAAGGUGGCAAGGACACAUGCCAAGGAGAUUCUGGAGGACCCUUACACGUGGAAUUGCCCGAAUUCAAUUGUGUGAAAUUUGUCAUUGGCAUUACAUCGUUUGGUAAAUUUUGUGCGGCUCCCAAUGCCCCCGGAGUAUAUACGAAAAUUUAUACCUAUUUAGAUUGGAUUGAAAAGAUCGCAUUUCGUAAUGGAAUUUAAAG